CCGUCUGCCAUGGACUAAGCAGUUUGCUUGUCCCUGCCCUCUGCCGUGAUGUCCUGCUUCGGAGCCAGCCAUGGACUGACACCUCUGAAACGACAGCCAGGUGGAUUGCUUCCCCUUCAGAGUAUUGUGUCAAAGAACGCGCUGCAGUAUCGGGGAAAUUCCCAGCACGACGCCCAGGAGUUUCUGCUGUGGCUUUUGGACCGAGUUCAUGAAGAUCUUAAUCAUGCUGUAAAGCAGAGCGGCCAGCCUCCUCUGAAGCCUCCGUCUGAGACUGAUACGAUGCCCGAGGGACCAUCUUUUCCUGUGUGUAGCACUUUUGUACAAGAACUUUUUCAAGCCCAGUACCGAUCUUCUUUGACGUGUCCUCACUGUCAGAAACAGAGCAACACUUUCGACCCUUUCCUCUGCAUUUCUUUGCCUAUUCCUUUACCCCACACAAGGCCUCUCUAUGUCACUGUAGUGUAUCAAGGGAAGUGUUCCCACUGCAUGAGGAUCGGUGUGGCCGUGCCUCUGUCUGGGACUGUCGCCAGACUUCGGGAAGCAGUGUCUCUGGAAACAAAGAUCCCCACCGACCAGAUUGUAUUAACAGAAAUGUACUAUGAUGGGUUCCAUCGUUCAUUUUGUGACACAGACGACCUGGAAACCGUCCAUGAAAGUGAUUGCAUUUUUGCCUUUGAGACUCCAGAAAUAUUUCGGCCUGAAGGAAUUCUCAGUCAAAGAGGAAUUCACUUGAACAACAAUCUAAACCACUUGAAAUUUGGCUUGGAUCAUCAUAGACUGUCUUUUGCCACACAGACAGCAGCACAGCAAGGGAAAAUGGGUCAGCCCUCUCCCAGAGCAGGGAGCGACAAGAUUGUCCUGUUGGUGUGUAACAGAGUCUGCACUGGGCAGCAAGGGAAGAGAUUUGGACUGCCUUUUGUCUUGCACUUGGAGAAGACGAUAGCAUGGGACCUUUUACAGAAGGAAAUCUUGGAAAAGAUGAAGUAUUUCUUGAGGCCCACUGUUUGCAUUCAGGUGUGUCCGUUCAGUCUGCGUGUGGUCAGCGUUGUGGGAAUAACAUACUUGCUGCCCCAGGAAGAGCAGCCCUUGUGUCACCCUACGGUAGAAAGGGCAUUAAAAUCUUGUGGACCAGGUGGUACUGCUCAUGUGAAAUUAGUAGUAGAAUGGGACAAGGAGACAAAAGAUUUCUUGUUUGCAAAUACUGAGGACGAGUACAUCCCCGACUCGGAGAGUGUCCGUCUGCAGAAGGAGCGUCACCAUCAGCCUCAGACCUGCACCCUAUCCCAGUGUUUCCAGCUCUACACCAAAGAGGAGCGGCUUGCCCCCGAUGAUGCCUGGCGUUGCCCACACUGUAAGCAGCUGCAGCAGGGGAGCAUUACAUUAAGCCUGUGGACUCUGCCUGAUGUGCUUAUUAUACACCUCAAGAGAUUCCGCCAGGAAGGAGACAAGCGUAUGAAACUUCAGAACAUGGUCAAGUUCCCCCUGACUGGCCUGGACAUGACGCCGCAUGUGGUGAAGAGAAGCCAGAGCAGCUGGAGCUUGCCAUCCCACUGGUCCCCGUGGAGACGGCCCUAUGGACUCGGGAGGGACCCUGAGGACUGCAUCUAUGACCUGUAUGCUGUGUGCAAUCACCAUGGCACCAUGCAAGGGGGGCACUACACAGCUUACUGUAAGAACUCCGUGGACGGUCUUUGGUAUUGCUUUGACGACAGCGACGUGCAGCAGCUGUCAGAGGAUGAGGUGUGCACACAGACAGCCUACAUCCUCUUCUACCAGCGGCGGACAGCCAUCCCGUCAUGGUCAGCCAACAGCUCGGUGGCAGGCUCCACGAGUUCGUCCCUAUGCGAGCACUGGGUGAGCCGGCUCCCGGGCAGCAAGCAAGCUAGCGUGACCUCUGCGGCUUCUUCCAGACGCACCUCCCUGGCCUCCCUCUCGGAGUCCGUGGAGAUGGCCGGGGAAAGGAGUGAAGAUGAUGGAGGCUUUUCAACGCGACCAUUUGUGAGAAGUGUCCAGCGUCAGAGCUUGUCAUCGCGAUCUUCUGUCACCAGCCCUUUGGCCAUCAAUGAAAACUGCAUGAGACCUUCUUGGUCCCUGUCUGCGAAGCUGCAGUUGCGUUCCAGUUCCCCUUCGCGGUUCUCGGGAGACUCCCCAGUUCACAGCUCUGCCUCCACCCUGGAGAAGAUCGGGGAGGCAGUAGAUGACAAGGUCUCCAUCUCUUGCUUUGGUAGUUUGAGGAAUCUUUCUAGCAGUUACCAGGAGCCCAGCGACAGUCAUGGUCGCCGUGAGCACAAGACUGUGGGCCGGGCCCCGCUGGCUGUCAUGGAAGGUGUGUUCAGAGAUGAGUCAGAGCACCGCAAACUCAACUCCAGCGUUGUAGACACACAGAGCAAAAACUUAGCACAAGGGGAUCACUUACCUCCAGUGUCUGAUCCAUUUGAUAACAAUAACCAGAUUGCUUAUGUGGAUCAGAGCGAUUCUGUAGACAGCUCUCCAGUCAAGGAGGUGAAGCCCCCGAGCCACCCAGGCUCACUCACAAAGAAACCAGAGAGCACAGCCAAGAGAUCUCCCAGUUCCAAAGGCACUUCUGAGCCAGAUAGGGGCUUGCGGAAGGGCAGGCCAACCCUGGCGAGCCAGGACUCAUCGCUUUCCAGUACGUCCCCUUCCUCCCCUGAUCCGGUGAAAGUCUCUCUGAAGCAUUCCCGCUCUCGAAGCAAAGCAGAUGCACCUUCCAGGGCCAGUGGAAGGCAUUCGUCCCCCGCCCCUGGCCAACGCGGAAAGGAGGCGUCCCCCAAGUCCCAGGACGCUGUGUCGUCCCCCUCACCACAGAAGCAGAAGUCGGCCUCUGCCCUCGCAUACACUGUUUCCUCUACGUCUGCCAAAAAAGCCUCAGGCCCUGCCACCAGGGGCCCCUUUCCUCCUGGGAAGAGCAGGACUUCAGAUCGGACCUUGAGUAGAGAGGGCUCCAGACAAAGCCUGGGUUCUGAUAGAGCCAGCAUCACCUCCACCUCUAAACCCAGCUCUCCUCGGGUGAGCCAGGCCCGAGCGGGGGAGGGCAGAGGCGACGGCAAACACGUCCGCAGCUCGUCCAUGGCCAGCCUGCGCUCCCCCAGCGCGAGUGUGCGCUCUGGCCUGAAGAGAGACAGCAAGUCCGAGGACAAGGGGCUGUCUUUCUUCAAGUCCGCCUUGAGACAGAAGGAAACGCGGCGGUCGACGGACCUUGGCAAGACAGCCUUGCUCUCCAGAAAGGCGGGUGGGAGCUCUGUCAGGGCGGUCGGUAAGAACGCUGUGGACGGCAAGGCCGAGAAAGGCUUCCAGCCUCCGGGCUCCCAGCAGCCAGAUGCGAACGCGGCUGGAAAGGAGCCUGUCUCCAAGGAUGCUGCUUCUGCUAAACACUCCCUGCUGUCUGCCCGGAAAUCCAAGGCUUCCCAGCUAGAUUCUGCAGUUCCUGUGUCUCCGGGUGGCCGGCAGUCUGCUGAGAAAGCCUCCAAAAAGUUACCUGCUGGCAUGCAAACCUCCGCACGGCCUUCUCAGAGACCUCAGUGAUAGUUCUGUAACCCACGUGUUUUACCCGUAAAGGUGUUUAUUUAUUUAGAAGCUCCCCCCCCCAAAGCCCUUUAUUCAUUUGUUUUGUAUUUUUUGGGUCACGUGCCUGACUGUGUGUGCGGGCGUGUGUGUGCGUGUGUGCGUGUGUGUGUGUGUGUGUGUGUGUGUGUGUGUGUGAGAGAGAGAGAGAGAGAGAGACCAAUUCAAUCGCAAAUUGUUAAAAGUGUCGCCUUAUUCUGUCAUUGAACCAAAUAACAGCCAUAGGCAAAGCGUCAAUACCAAGCUAACAGGAAUAAUUGUAGAUUAUACCCAGGACAACCCCUUUAGCAAAUGUACAUAUUUCUUUCUAGAGAACUCUAAUGACUUGCAUUGGACACUAGGGUUUUGAAGCCUGUGAACCAGCUAAGCUAUCACUGGUGUACAGGAUUUGACUUGGGUUUCCUUUGAGCAGGAUCUGGCCUCACUGGAACUUUCGAGUGGCACCAGGAGCUCUAAAGACUGUGGCACUAACACUAAACAGAGGGAAGAACUUGCUGUCUGCACUUUUGCCCCAUCUGCCAGUCUUUGUAAAGGGCAGUAUUGGAACACUAAGGUUUCUCAGGUGUAUAUACCCCGCUAGUCUGGGCUGGACCAGUGCAUCAGUAAAUGGGUUACGGAGGAAGGUGACGUGUGGUGACUGUCAUUUGUUUCACUGCCACAGAUGGAGGUUUCAGAGGUGGUUAUGAAAGCUUCGUAUCUGCAGAGAUGUGUGUCCCCUAGCCUGUCUUGACACUUGGGAUGUGUCCCAAGGUGGCAACUUGGAUAACCAGAGAGCCAGUCACUAGUUGUCUCCCUUCUACCUUUGCCAGCUAAGGCUGUUGAGAUUUUGAGCUGUAGCAGAGCAGUCAUCACCUCUGAAAGAUACCUAGAGAGAAAUGUGUUCUGAGCUGGAGGCAGGAAUUGAUACCAUUUUCCUUCUCUGGUGUUGCUUUUUCUUGUUAGAAGUUGACGGCUCCGUGCUGCACCGUGUCUGCGUGCUUUUUUCCUAUCUUGUAAUUUGGAAAGAAACUGCCUCCCGCCAAAAGUCGGUGAUGGCCUGUUGAAGCGACGUCUGACAAAGUAUUGAUAUGCACUUGAGAUCCUGCCUGUUAAGACUGCCUUUCAGUAACUCAUUUAUGUCUUUGUGCUGAGGAUUUAAUUUCAUACCAAGCACUUGCAAGCAGGAUUUGGAGAACAUUCCAUCUGGCAUUGUCAGUACAAAUUGCAUUUCUUUUGUAUUAAAAGGGGAGCCUCAUAGAAAUAUCAGAUAAGCGAAACCUAUACUUCCUCAGGUUUUGUGGCGGUUUCCUGGCAAUACUUUUCUGCUCAAGCUUUAGCUUUUCUUUCUCUAUUUUUUUAAUAUUAAGAGAGUCAUAGUCCUGAUUCUCCUUGAAUAGCGUUUGUCACUUUGCCAUAAAAGCCUGUUAAGUUAGUUUAUAUGCUUUACUUUUUUUCUGUCAUAAACUGUUGAAAUUUUUCUGAACUCUUGGUGCACAGAUCCACUUAUCGUCACCCCUUUCAUACUGCUGUGUAUGAAGUAAUCACAACACAUAAGCAUGCAGAGCUGUGAAUUCUGCACUGCCUUUUUCUUUCUUUCUUUUUUCCGUGAGUACCUCUUGGGAAAUAUUUCCAGUAGGUUAUUUGACUUUAUGUUGCUGCUAAUUUGAGCAUUGGCUGGUAACUUCCAGGUCUGGAGGUCAUUUAUGUUGAGGGCGGCUGGAAUUUUAGACCCUCGCAAUAUUUAAGACUGACUACUCAGUCUUGUAAAAGUUACUGUGUUGCUCCAUAUAACUCACUGAACAUGAGCCCCUUGCACCCGCCCCGACCUUGCCGCCUCACGCGGUUUGCCUGUGCAGUUUUUGGUGGCUUUGCGGAGCAGCAGUGCUCUCUGCCGCACCGUAACUGCAGGUCACUGGCUGCCUUCCGUACUACAUGGCUUCCCACGGCACAUUGGCAGCCCCACUCAGACUUUCCUGUGCCGCUUUUAUGUCCUGAGAAAGAUGCACCACGGGAGGGACCGUGACUGUCAGGAACGGGAUGUUUAUCUAACUUGAACCUCUCAUCUUUGUUUAGGAGAUAGGUCUCAUUUGAAAUUUUUUAUCUGAAGCUCUGAAGCAGUCUUAGAAUUAUAUUUGACAAUAGCCAGAGAGUUUUAAUAACACAUUUUUUUUGCCCUAAUCAUUAAGCAUUCGUAGAAACCAGUUUAAUUUUCACAGUGGUAAAAUAUUCUUACUCUGAAGCCCUGUAGGAAUGGAAUUUCCAUUAUGUAUAAUACCUUUUUAAAAGACUCUAUAAAUCUCUUCAAUUUUCCAUGGGAUCUAGAAAUAAAAUUUCUAUAAUAAAAUCUGUAAAUGUAUGUCUAUGGAGUUUAGUCCUUGUUUGAGAGUUAGUUGAAUAGGAAAAAUCAGUAUUAUGGCAUUGUCUAGGAAUCAUUAAGCUGUUACAUUUCCAUGGUUGGUAAACAAUGAAAAUUUCACUGUUCCUAAAAACUAGGUGCAACUUGAAGCCGCAGAAAAGGGUGUUUUGCCCGAAAGUUUGGAGGUGCUUUUUAAAGAGUGAAGUCUGAGGGGGCGUCGUGACUUGGCUCAGUUCAGUUCUUUCUUAGGGUCAGAGACUCGUUUUUCUCCCCUGGUGGUAUUUGGCACAGCAAACAUGCAUGUGCUUCAGGGUUAAAAGUGAUCUGCUGAGGAGGUAAGCCUGGGUUUCUGGUCGGCCGUCAGAUGGGCCUAAUUAGUACAGUCACUUCCUGACAGGCACCAGCUAAUCAGCACACUUCCUGGUGAACACCACAUAAUUACAGACUUGGCUUUGUAGUGUUUGUUUGCUUUUAAAAAAAUACAACUUUUUAUUCGUGAUUUCUUUUUCUGUACAAAUCCCGUGUACCGAGGCUGUAUCAUUCCUUGAGACGGCCCGACUCCUCUUCCCUUAGUUGGAAGCGCAGAGAAACCAAGGAAGCUCCUCUUGUCUCACACCGCCUCCUCCCUUUUUGAUUUUCUCAUCCUGACAGCAGCCUAACUGAAGGUGAAAUGCUGGACCAGUAAAAGCACAUGUGGAGUGUUUGUAGUAUACUAAAAUAUUGUCAUUAUCCAGGAGGCUCUUGAAAUCAGGCUUUCAUCAUUCGUUUGUUCUGCAAACAUUCUUUGAGGGCCUGCAUUGCAUUUAAAGGCAAGCUGAGAGCUUCAGGGAUUUGCUGUCGCUGAGGAGCCCUGAGAACACAGCUGAUCAAGCAGAGGAUGCUAGUAAUGUCUGAAAGAGUGACAUUCCUUCUCAACAGAAAGAUCUAAUGGGUUCCGGUCAGUGGGCUAAGGCCUGUGGUCCUCUCGAGCACAUCCGUUCUGUCUGGAAGCCAGAAGUGCCGUUCCUCAUCUCUGGAGGCGUUGCACUCCUACAUCUGCUAGUUCAGACUGAGCUGUCUGCUGUUUAGGGAGUGAAGAGUCCAUUACACAGUCACUGUACCUUGGAGUGUGUCCAUCCAUGUUUGUACCGGACAGAUGUGUGGAUUUGUGUGUGUGUGUGUGUGUGUGUUAGAGGGGUGUCCUCCCUCUGUCGUUUGAAAAAACAGGAACAGUUGCGGCUGCUUUAGGGAAAAUGAAGCAGAGAAAAGCUGUGAACAAAGCUCAUUUAUUUCAAGCAAGUAGAUGGACAUUGAUGUUUUAUUUCAUUGUGACAGAUUACUGAACAUUCUGACAAAUGACUGUUUCCUGUAUAGAUGGUUGUCGUCAGGUAACAAAGAUACUUAGCAUUCCUGGCUUAGAUUUCUGAGGUAGGAUGCAAAUUAUAAGCACAGAUUCAAUAAAUAUGUUCUGGAGGCACACUGGAGUUUGUGUUUGAGAAGGACAAAAUUUGCUGACAAACCAGUGCCUGUUGUAAACACAAAACAUAACCUUAGUGUGCAGGCUGUUCUGCCUUUAAUUUCAUAAAGGGUACGUUAUUGUUAAUCUGACUACAUGUUUUGGGGGUGGGUCAUCCGAUGCUUUUAUUUAAAUAAAUACUCAGUGUCUCAUACUGCCUUUGAGCAACCCCAAAGUGUUUGUUUUUGCAGCUGCAUUUUGAGCAUGGCCAGUCAUUUUCACCCCAAGUCCUGGGAAGCAUUUUGCAUGCCCUCCAUCUAACCGACAAAGCAUGCUGUUACUACCUAUGCAAACCACCAAUAAAAAGGCUGUACUAAACGUUAAGUUUUAAGAACGCAGCUCUUACAUUACGGAGCUCUAUUUUUGACUUUGUCAUUUUUAAAAUGUGGCUUAAUCAGAAUAGAUGAGCAUGAAUGUGACUUCUUGGUUAGCUUUGUGUAUAUUUCUGUUUACUGAUUUUUUUUAUCAUUGGCGAGAUUGUGUGUAGAAUAAAUAUUUUGCAGGCAGCAGUGGAAUUAGGUAUGUUGAGCAUACAUUGAUGUAUAUACUGUAUUUAGCCUGAAGACUUUCCUAAAGUAUUUUGUUCUAAAAAUAACCUGCCAUUUUCUAUAGAUUUUAAUUUUUUAUAUCUUCUAGGGUUCUAUCGUGGUCACAGGGACGGAUGUGGCCUCCGGUAGUGCUAAUGAUUUUAAAACGCUUUCGUAGAUAGAGCUGUUUUGGAAAGCUUUGGGGCAUCCCUCCCGCUGAUCACAAGAACAAGGCUCUGAAACUUGCGGUGUUGUGCAGUGGAUUUGGGUCUACAUCCACCGGAUGCUCACUUAAAGCCAGUGCUUUCCACUUCGGGAGAGAAGGGGGUUCAUAGCUGGUGUGAGGACGCCCGUUUGACCCUCACACGUACCCUCUCUGAGAGCCUCUUUGGCCUGACCUGAGUGACUCAUCUUCCGUGGUACCUAGCGUUCACGAAGAUGGCCUGGGACUUUCUCCUGUCUGGGUCCCCCUUGCAAGCUUCUGACCUGGUUAGUGUAGGGGUGGGUCCCAGCAUUGCCCCCGAUCCUGAGGUUCCUGUGUUCUUCUAGUUUGCAGUCAGGAUUAAGAACCGCUGUGACUCACCAUCCCUUUGCCAAGACUGACGGUGAGAAUCACUGGCAUACAGAGCGCUCAGGAGUGACUCCAGUUGCUCAGUUCUGGGGAGGAAAGUGGAAGAACUGCUGUAUCAGGGUCCUGUUCGGAAUAUGCAGUGCGGAGCAUUUUGUGGUUGGCGUGGUGCCUGGCAGCGUGGUCGGAAGGGUGACUUCCGCUGCCGGGGUGGGCAGGGACGGGUGGGUCUGUGCCCUUCCCCAGAGCUUCUCAGGACCCUGUGGUGGGGCUGAGGUCGGGGGGGAGUCGCUCUGAGUUGGAAAAUGUAGAGGAAGAAAGUAGAAAACGACCUUUCAGGCCUUGCAAAACCUGUCCCUGCUUUUGAUAGAAUGGCUGCCUUUUUGUAGUAAUGAAAACAGCAGCUCCCAGGUGGCUGCUGACUCCUGAGCAGCCCGCUCUCCCCUGCCGCUCUCACAUGGUUUCUGGACUUCUUUUUAGUUUGAAAGUGAAGAGGAGACAUUUUACUUGGAAUCUUUUUCCUUUUUCCUUUUGGUAACUCUUGUUGCUAUUUUUUCAUGUAAUUUUGAAAAAAUCAAGUCGUGCACAUCCAGAAGUGGGGCCACUUUAUGUUCACCUAUGGAGGCAAAGGAGAUUUAAUUUUAAUCUGUAGUGAGCUGAAUGCGUUCCAACAUCUGCAAACUAAUCAGUGCGCGGUGGUUCAUCGCUUUGGGCAUUGUGCCGCCUACAAAUACAGACACAGUUGAUCCAGUGUUUUCAGCCUUCAAGGAAGAAGCAAGGGAAAGUCCAGGUUGGACGUGCUGCUUUAGAAAGGCCUUCCAGGGUGGAGAUGUUCUACAGUCACGAAGAUGCAAUGUGAAAUUCCCAGGUGCUAUUCUAAAUGGCAUGGUGUCCUUGUACCAAUGGAAAGGCGGUUGGUGUUUGUGAAGUUGAAGUUCCCUUUGUAGGCCUUUCAAACACGCACUUGCGGUUCAUACAGGUUUGCUCACCAGACGUGCCUCUCAGCACUGGUUAACACUGAAUUCAGGCCCCGUUCCCAAAACAGCCUCCCGAUGGAACUCCCACAUUUACACUGGAAUUUCUCUAGUUGUCCUGAAAGCUGCAUGUCAUGUCACUGUACACAAAAUGCUUUGGUAUUGUUCAUGUACCAUCGAAAAUUCUGUGUAAUUUUCUUCUUUAGUUGUGUAAUAAAAUGGAAGACAGGAUGUCUUUCCUAGCAGCUGGAAAAAAAAUCUUACAUUUUAAAUUAUUUUAGACCAAGGGCAUGAGAUGUGUCACUGACUUCUGUUAUUUAUUUGUAUGUUUUGUUAUUCAAGGUGUAUGCACUUUUAAGAAACAGAAUUUAUAUUUUUAUGUUUGAAGCAUUUUAUUUCUGAAACAGCAGUUAUGAUACAGUAUACAGUUGGAAUUAAGAGACAAGUGGAAAAUGUAACAAAAUAUAAUAAAUUUAUUACAUGAUGCCCUC